CCUCUAGACGAAUUUUAGUUUUGAAAAGAGAAAGAAGUGCAGUCGCUAAAUAGAAAAGAUUAUUUUGUAAAAACAAAACAUUAGCAGCCGAGCGCGACAGAGUGUUGGUGUGAUUUAUUUUUUUAUUGUUUGGUGUUUUUAUUGUGCCCGAAGGCAAGGAAAAACAGACGAAAAGUCGAGCUGAGUGGAGUCCAAGUGGAAACAGAACCAGAAUCGGAAUCAGUCCAAUUGGAGUUUCCCGGAGUCCAGUUUUCCGGGGCAUUUCCCCGCUCAACCCCCAACGACCGAGCAGCCGUGAUUUAGGGGUUGCAAAAUUUUUGCAGCCAAUUCGGAAAAGUCGCAGGCAAGGAGGAGGAAAAGUGUGUGUGCGUAGAAAAUAAGGGAAGCGCGCAAUUGGAAACACCGAGUUCGGAAGGGGAGUCCUCCGCCGAAUCCUUGAGAGAAUCCCUUUCGCGUGCCAUGCGUGACCUCGGCACCAAAAUGGCCGAGCUAAAAUUCGAGGCUCCGUUGGCGAAGUUCGAGGAGACGGACGAGUGGGGCGGCUGCGACUUCAUCUCGAACCAAAACGCCCUCAACGACACGCUCAACCUGAAUCUGAAGGACAACUCCACCGGCGGCGGCGGAGGCGGCGGCAAGCCGGACGCGGCCAAGCUGCGUCUCCUGGAGGACGCGGUCCGCGAUGCUCACGUAAGCAAGAACGGAGGAGGAGGAGGAGGAGGGGGAGCAACCGGAGCUGGCUCCAUCAGUCCCAACUGCAACACGCUGCAGGGCGGCGGAUCGGUCUUGGAUCUCGGCCUGUCCGACGUCGGAUUGGUGCCCGGCGAGGGCGCCGGCUCCGGACUGGACGGACUGGAGAAGCGCUCUUUGGCCGCCGGCGACCAUGUGGACAACUUCACGGAGACCUUCGGCGGCAGCCUGGAGGAUCUGGUCAACACGUUCGACGAGAAGAUAACCAAGUGCUUCGGCAACUACGAGGAGAACGUCGAGGAGCUGGCUCCGGUGCAGGUGCGCAGCCAGGAGGAGAUCAUGAACGAAUGCCAAAUGUGGUGGACCAUCACUGGCAACUUCGGCAACAUUCUGCCCAUCGACUGGUCCAAGUCGUACACCCGUCAGAUGCACAUGCCCACCCUGAAUCUGGGCCAGAGCCACACGAAGCAGCAGCAGCAGAUGCGCAACCAGCAGCAGCAGCUGCAGAGCCAGAGCCACCAGGCGUAUCCACAGAGCAACGGAUUGGGAUCGGGAUUGGAUGCCCAGACUCCCGGCGACGAGUUCAACGACUUGGCCAGCGAGGACGAGGCGGUGGCCAAUGACCUGGACAUGCACGCCCUCAUCCUCAACGGGCUGAACGGGGAUCUGGACGACCAGCCGAUCAAGACGGUGGAGGAGGUGAUCAAGGAGAUCGACGACAUCAUGGACGAGGCCGAGAGUCCGCUGGAGGAGCCGGACAACUGCGAUUCGGAGGUGAUUGAGAAGGCGCGCGAGGUCCUGGGAGCGCCCCUCUAUGCGGAAAAACUGCAAUAUCUGACCACGACACAGCUGAACGAGCUGUACAUGGAGAUGGAGGUGCUGAUCCAGGAGCUGAGCGAGACCCUCAUCAACGAGCUGGCCCUGCGCGAUGAGCUGGAGUUCGAGAAGGAGCUGAAGAACUCCUUCAUCUCGCUGCUCCUGGCCGUCCAGAACAAGCGGCGGCAGUAUCAUGUGGAGAAGAAGCGCGGCAAGUUCCAGGGUCCCGAGCCCAAGUACUUGACCACUGUCAUUCCGUAUCACCUGGAGAACGGCACGCCCAACAAUCAGUCCCUGCAGGUCCUGAUCAAGAUUCUCAAGGCCAUCAACGAGGACAGCCCCACAGUGCCGGCCCUCCUCACGGACUACAUCCUGAAGGUGCUCUGCCCGACAUAAGGAGGCU